UUCAAAAACACCACUGGACUCCCAGGGAGGGAGGAGUAAGGGGAAAGCUCUCGCUCGCUGGCUCGCCCGCUCUCAGGCAGAGUCCACCCGGACUGCAGAGGCAGGCUUCUUCAAGCCGGCUCCCUUCACUGUUGAGCUUCAGCCGGAGCCGAAGGUCUGAGGAAGCUGCUCUGUUGCUGCUACCGUCUCUCGUCCUCCCGCUGCCCCCUUUUGAAGUUCGUGUCGCUGGAAACGGGUCCGCUUUUCCAACGGGUCCGCCUCCUCGCGAGCCCUCCUCAGCGCUGAGGCGCCUCGCGCCUGCUAGCGCGCCUGAGGCUGGCGGCGCUCCUACCCACGCCUUUCCUGGAAGAGAUGCUGCUGGUCCUAGAGACGUCUGAGGCAGCCCCCAGCCAGGUCCGAGGGCGCGCUCUGUCCUGAAGCCGAGGAGGAGCGCUCCCAUCGGCUUCCCUGACCCACCACCCUCCAAGGCUCCUUCCCCGCGCCUCCUGUCGUCCUGCAUGGGGUUCUUCUGCGGAGGGGAACACCGUAAAGAGAGGAAGGCACACAUGCUCAUGGAGUUAUUGAAUGGGAUAGCUGACCUAUAGCCGGAGCGGAGUGUGACCCCCCAUCUACCUUUGUCCCACGCUCAUAUUUAUUAUUGCACUCUUCUCCCCCCCCCCCUUACAACAUGCUACCUGCCCUGACAUCGACCAGACCCCUCGCUCCAGCUUCAGGGCUCUUGCCGUCCUCCCUCCCGUUGAGACUGCCAGAAGGCAAUCGUUGGGGCAAUUUGAAAGUGCAAUAACUACGCAUCGUCAUCUACAACAAGUUGUGGGAUUUUAUUUUCUUUAUUCUGAAGAUCGAGAGCCAUUAUCUCCGAGGCAGGUAUUUCUGCUGCUCUUCCUCCCCCUCUUCCCUCUCCUCCCCACUCCUCUUCCUUCUCCUCCCCCCCGAAAAGGACAAGAGACGUGAACUUUUUACAGGGUUACUAUGCAAUUGCGACUGGUUUCUUGGUUCUUUAUCACUUUGAACUUGAUGGAAUACGUUGGCAGCCAGCAGCACCCUUCCAGAGUCCGGCGGCAGGGAAGAAUGCAUCGCAAUAUAAGCCAAGAUUGCCAAGGAGGAUGUGCAACAUGUUCCGAAUUCAAUGGAUGCUUAACGUGUAACCCUAAACUGUUUAUUUUUCUGAUGAGGAUUAAUAUGAAACAUAUAGGGAUGUGUCUUCCAUCCUGUCCCAUUGGAUAUUUUGGACAACGAUACCCAGAAAGAAAUGAGUGUAAAAAAUGUAAUGCUGACUGUGAAACCUGCUUCAAUAAAAAUUUCUGCACAAAGUGUACAAAUGGGUUUUACUUGCACCUUGGGAAGUGCCUUGAAAACUGCCCUGACUGGCUGGAAACCAACAAUCACACUAUGGAGUGCAACAACAUUGUGCAUUGUAAAAUUAAUGAAUGGAGCCAAUGGAGUCCUUGCACAAAGAAGGGAAAAACAUGCGGUUUCAAAAGGGGAAAUGAAACAAGGGUCCGAGAAGUCUUACAACUUCCUUCUACAAAGGGCAAACCAUGUCCGCAUACAAGUGAGGCAAGAAAAUGUGUUGUACAAAGAAAGAAAUGCCAGAGAGGAGAAACAGGAAGAAGAAACAGAGAGGAAAGAAGGAAAAAGCCAAAGAGAGAAGAAAACAAGGAAAAUAGGCAGGAAAACAGUGGCAGAGAAUCUAGAAGGCAAAACCAAGAACAGCGGGAGAACAAAAGUAAAACACAGUUGAAAAAAAGAAGAGUGCAGGAAAAACAGCAGAAGCCUGUAUCCAUCAGCACUGUACACUAAAUCGCCUUACACCACUGUAUAAAAACUUUUGCUGCUGCUAUUUCCACCAGAUCCCUGGGGCUGGAGCUCCCCAACUAAGCCACAAACGGACAGUAUUACCAUUUAUACUUAAAUCUUAAAUGACAUUCCAAAUAAUUCCUAUUAUAUUCUUCAUGCAGUCAUAGUUUAUUCAAGAGACUGACAUGAGCUAAGAUUUUUUUAAUUAAAAAACCCUUUAAAUGGGAUACUUUCAAACAGUUCUAUUAUAUGCUUCCAUGAAUCUCUAAGAGACAAUUUAAAAGUUUUGUAUAUAAUUAUCAAUAUGGUAUAAGGUAUAGCAAUAUAUUGAAUGACAUCUGGGGGAAAAAGUCUUUUUCCUUUGUAAAAUAUUUUUUUCAAUCGUUUAUGAAGCAAGAGAUACCUAAGCAAAGGAUACAGUAUCCCUAAGUGUAUAAUUAUAUAUGUUACGUAAGAGUCAGGAGAAGGAGGAAAUCUCUUCAGAGGUGUUGGGAAUCUAAGGUUUGAUACCCAACCUAUCAGAACUAAGCUACCUGGUGGUUGCCUGGAUUUCAUCCUUGAUUCAUGUGAGAAACUCCAGAUUGAACAGCUCCAGGGUUCUGAAAGCAAGGGGGGGGAGAGAGAAGCAGAAGCCACAUUAAACACAUCAGAGGAUCUUUUUCUGAAGAACAAGCAAUGGCGCUUAGCUAUACAGCGCUCUUAUCUGCAGGACAGCACAGUAUUUUCUGGUCUAAACCAUGAUUAUACAAUAUUUGCUGUUCUAUGCUUUUUUGUAACUCUGUGUAACUGAAAUCUACAUUUCAAAUCUUCCAGAGACUGACAAAUUGUAUUUGUAGGAAAACAAACAAAACACUGAGUGAAUAAAGAACAGAGACGAUAGACCACAUAAAUAUAAUGUCAUUUUGCACUGUCGAUUUUUUCUUUCAGUUUUUAAUUAAACACUAUCACACAAUCUGCUUUGUAACAGAGAAAAGGAUGCUAUUCUUUGGAAAUGUGCUAUCUAAUAAAC